UUAGGACAUUACGACUUACGACAUUACGACGUGAGUUUAGAAGCGGCGUAAAUAUGGUCGCGGCAAUAACGAGCGGUUACCAUGGUCGUGUGUAAUGAGUGCAUGUGAUGUUUGUGAUUUGUGUUCUUGUCAGUGUACAGUAAUGAGAUCAACGUGCCAUUGGCAAAGAUGAGCGAAAGGAAGUUUACUCGCGGCUUGGGAAAACCCGGCAUGGCAGCUCAAUUGAGAGAAACUGUCUCCCAGGUAGUACGCGAGAGCACCGUACAGAGCAAACCACAUUUAGUAGAACCCAUAGAUUUUGAAAGUUUUGUAUUAAAGAAUAAAACUUUAUUACAAAAUGACCCUCAGAGAGAGCUUCUACUUUAUCCUCAAGAUGACGUCUCUCAAAUAGUAUUGCCCAGAAGAUAUCGUACUCUUACACCAACAGUACCACAAGUUUCAGAUAAUAAUGAAGGAGGGGAGAAUCUUCUUACAAAGGAAUGUUUGCGAAGUUAUACAUCUAACUGGAACCUAAUACAUUAUAAAUAUUCUGCUUAUAGCGGAACUUAUCUUGAAUUACCUAAGUAUGACUUCUACUUUUGCAUUACCUUGACUUUUAUAUUAGACCAGGAGUUAACAAAAAGUAAUGGAAUCACAAAAGAGGGCUAUCUGAUGAAAGGACCAGAAAUUGGAAGCAGUGACCGAAUGUUUGCUCAUAUUGGCUCAAAAUCAUUUAAAAGACGCUUUUGUCACCUUAGACAAGAAGUCGAUGGCACAUAUAUUCUUGAAUUUUUUAAAGAUGAAAAGAAAGGCGAAGCAAAAUUAACGAUAGUAAUGGAUUUUUGUACUGAAGUUGCGAGAAAUCCAAAACGUGGAAGAUUUUGUUUUGAGUUAAGAAUGAGUGGGACUCAUAAAUCGUAUACUUUAGCAGCAGACAACGAGGCAGACAUGCAGGAUUGGUUAUUAAAGUUGAGCUCAGUAUUGCAGCAUUAUAAACAACAGGAAGAGAAACGUGCAGCUUCGUUGGAAAGAGCGUGCAAUACACCACCUCCCUCUCCUCAACCUAUGCAGGUUUAUGGAACAUUAAAAGGUUUAGAGCAGAGCAUGAAUCCACAGUUGAUUAAAUAUUCCAGAGAAACUGACACAAGUAUAGCAUUGGCUAGACGUGAAAAUCGUAAACGAUUGUUUAGUAUUUAUCCUCAUAUUCCACAUAGUAAGCAACAGCCAGGAAGUCCUAGUGACCACAAUGUCGAUCCAUUCAAAGAGCAAUUUGGACACAGAAUUUUUGUAAAAUGCGAAAGUCUCAAAUUUAGAUUACAAGCGCCUAUAGAUGAGAAGGAGUCAUUGUGUCAGGUGGAACCUUAUCAAACAACUCUCAGCCUUUAUGAUGCAAGAAAUGGUAGAAAACUCGCUGAAAAUUUUCAUUUUGAUAUCAAUCAUGAAGUUGUCCAAGGAAUGAUAAAAGAAUUAAGUCCUGUAGGUAUUAUGACAGAAUCUACGGAUAAUACACAGUUGCCAGAUGAUUUAAAAAAUAUAUCUUUGGACUGGAUUAAAUAUCCGAAACAGGCCAUAUUUAGUAUUAGUAACCCUCAUCCUGAUAUAUUCUUGGUUGUAAGAAUAGAUAAAAUAUUACAAGGAAAUAUAUGCCAAACUUCAGAACCAUACUUGAGAGCUACAAAAGAUCCACGGUUAGGUUUAAAAGUUCAUAAACAAGUUAGAGCAUGUUGCCAAAGAUUGGGAAAUUACAGAAUGCCCUUUGCUUGGGCUGCCAGACCUUUAUUUCGAUUGUAUAGUAAUGAACUAGAUACGUCAUCUGAUUUUCCAGCAAUAUAUAGACAAGAAGGAAAUAAAAUAAAGGAUGAUGAAUUACUGAAACUUCUUUCAGAAUACAGAAAACCUGAAAAACUUAGUAAAUUGACUGUGAUACCAGGAUGGUUGAAAAUAAAAAUUGAGUCAAUUACAGAACUACCUGAAAAUACACUGUCUACGUCCUUAGCAGCUUUGAAGCCAUUUCCAUUGCCACCAACUUCAGAACCGACUCUUGAAGUGGUAGAGUUUGAAUGUACUUCGGAGAAAGAUGUCCACCCUUAUACGACAUACAUUAACCACCUUUAUGUUUAUCCGCAAGCUCUGUGUUUUGAUGCUCAAAAAAUAUUUACGAGAGCCAGGAACAUUGCAUGCAUUGUUGAACUACGAGACGAUGAUAGUGAAAAUGCCACACCUUUGAGAUGUAUAUAUGGAAGACCUGGUGCCCCUCUUUUAUGUCUACGAGCGUGUUGCUCUGUUUUACAUCACAAUGCAGUUCCUUCAUGGUAUGAAGAAAUUAAAAUUCGACUGCCAACAAAAUUGCAUUCUAAACACCAUUUGCUUUUCUCUUUCUAUCACAUAAGCUGUGAUAUGAAUAAGAAAAAAGAGAACGGAGUGGAAAACUGUGUUGGUUAUGCUUGGUCCCCGUUAUUACACAAAGGAAGAUUGAAUGUGGAUAUGGAUAUAAACGUACAAACUCUACCUGUAGCAACACAUUUACCUCCUGGAUACCUUUCAAUACAACCUCUUGGGCUAGGAAAAGGGAAUGCAGGACCGGAAAUUACAUGGAUCGAUUCUCAACGUCCAGUGUUUACAGUAGCGUUCCAAUUAAUUUCCACUGUAUUCACGCGCGACGUGCAUUUGCAUAAUUUAUUUGCUCAUAUGGAGCGAAUCCUGGAUACAACACAGGGAGCAGUACCAGCAGAUUCGGAGACAUGCAAAAUAUUAAAAGCUGCCCAUGCUGUACAGCUAGUUACCGUUAUUACAUUUCUUCCUACCAUACUGAAUCAAUUAUUUACAUUAUUAACGCACACUACGAACGAAGAAGUCGGAUUAUUUAUUAUAAGAGUUUUAAUACACUUCAUUAACAUGGUGCAUGAAGCCGGUAGAAAGGAAACUCUUCAAGCUUAUAUUAAGUUUGUUUUUGCAUCACCAACACAAGGAAACGGUAGUGUCACAGUGCACGAACAGUUGGGAAAGCAUCUUCCUACAUUGUUACAGCCCAGUAAUACCGACUUUCUCGUAGUCAAUAAAUUCAUGCACCACUCUAGUUUCUUUUUUGAAAUAAUGAUUAAGAGUAUGGCACAACAUUUACUUUCAACAGGUAGAAUAAAGAUGCAUAGGAACGAAAGGUUUUCUAAAGAAUAUCAUGAAAAGAUCAGGAACUUGGUGGAUGUUAUUAUGCCAUACCUUAUGACAAAAUACAAAGAAAUGCCUGUCGAAACUCAUGAAUUAAACAAAAGUCUCGCACAAUUUCUGAAACGAUGUCUUACGUUCAUGGAUCGCGGAUUUGUUUUCUGCCUAAUCAAUUCAUAUAUGGACAACUUCUCGCCGGGCGAUACACGUACAUUGCACGAUUUCAAAUUCACAUUCCUGCAAAUAAUCUGUACACACGAGCAUUAUGUGUCUUUCAAUUUGCCAAUGAUGCAAUCACGAAUUACUUCCAGAGAUUUAAUUAAUGAGUACUGUUUAUCUGAAGACUUCUGUAAACAUCACUUUUUGGUUGGACUGUUAAUGCAAGAGGUAAAAACUUCUUUGAAUGAAAUUGUACAAAUACGAAAAGUUGCGAUAGCUACGUUAAGAGAUUUAAUGGCGAAACAUGAACUCGACGAUAGAUAUCAGAAUAAGGGUCAAUUAAGUAGAAUAGCAUCCGUUUAUAUACCAUGGUUAGGGAUCGUUUUGGAAAAUUUACAUAGACUACAAUCUGUACACGAUAGUGGUAAAACAGAAGCUAAGCAAAAUGGAACCAACAGAAUAUCAACUAGUAGCUCAUUCUUAGCGAACAAAGAUACUAGUAGCGUCACAACAGCUACUGGAACUCCAAAGUCAAUUCACAGGCUCACAGUAAAUCUGGAUACACAGUCCCCAAUAAGAGCAUCCAUGCAUUUGCGAGAUUCUACGUAUUUUGCGGCCAUAGCAGGUCAAGGUUUAGUCAACGGAUAUUCAUGUACUAGCAUAGAAUCGGAUACAUCAACUAUAUCUGGUGCUUCACAGUCAAAUAUAUCCCAAGAAACUACAAUUGUAAUCCGCGAACCAAUUGAAAAUGGCACCGGUGAGAAAAAGAGACAUUCUCGGUCUCUAAGCGUUACACAGUCGUCUUCAAGAUGCGAUAAAUUACAGUCGUCGGAAGUGAAGGAUAUUCUGCUAUGUUUCUUAUUUGUUAUAAAAUACUUGGGUGACCAUCAAGUUAUUGCUUGGUGGCAGCAGUGCAGCGAUCUUGAAAUUUUGAACUUUUUCUCAGUGAUAGAAAUGAGUCUUUAUCAUUUCAAGUAUAUUGGAAAGAGGCAAAUCACCACAAACGUGACAAACAAUUCUGGAAAACCUCGAACAGUGAAGGCAAUGACGUUACCAGCCAGGAUGGCACCUCCUGACUUUUCCAACGAAGGACCAGCUACCAGCACUUUACAACCCCAUAAUAAUACACUUAGAGAGAAUCUUGUCGAAAAUGAUACUGGAAAAGUUCACCAAGUUUUGUUAGAAGCAAAUAUGGCGACGGAAGUUGGUCUUAUUGCGUUAGAUUGUUUAGGAUUGUUCUGUCUUCAUUUUAAGGAUGUACUUUUAGCAACGAACGGUGACAAUCCUAUUAUGCAAAAAGUUUUUAAUAUAUAUUUAUCAUUCUUACAAGUUGGACAGUCGGAAACAUUGUUGCGCCACGUUUUCGCCAGCUUCAGAGCUUUCUUAAAUAAUUACUCUGUAAUUCUUUUUCAAGGUAAUGCAGUUCUUUGCGGGCGUCUGUGCUAUGAGCUAUUGCGUUGUUGUAACAGUAAACUAAGUUCUAUUAGACAGGAAUCUUGUGCACUGGUUUAUCUGCUUAUGAGAAGUAAUUUUGAGUUUACGAGUCGAAAGGGUUUGACUAGAGUUCACUUACAAGUAAUAAUCUCUGUUUCACAAAUGCUUGGAAACGUGAUUGGAUUGAACAAUUCAAGAUUUCAAGAAUCAUUAUCGUUAAUAAACAGUUAUGCUUCGUCUGACAAAGUAAUGAAAGGUACAGGUUUCCCCGUUGAAGUGAAAGAUCUCAACAAAAGAAUUCGAACUGUUCUAAUGGCAACCGCGCAAAUGAGAGAGCAUAAUAAUGAUCCAGAAAUGUUAGUCGACUUGCAACAUAGUUUAGCUAAUUCUUAUGCUAGCACGCCAGAAUUAAGAUAUACUUGGUUGGAAACUAUGGCUAGAAAUCACGCGAGGGAUGGUAAUUUUUCAGAGGCUGCUUGCUGUCAUCUACAUAUUGCCGCAUUAAUGGCCGAGUAUCUGAAAUUGAAAAAAGUUCAUACGUGGGGAGCAGAAGCUUUUGACAAAAUCUCUGAAAACAUUUCUAGAGACGAAUGUAGCCUCAAACUCGAUGCUGGUGUGCAAGAUAUUCACUACAAUGAGUAUCUACUGCUUGAACAAUUGGAAGUUUGCGCUGAAAUGCUAGAAAAAGCAGAAAGAUUCGAACUGCUUGGACACCUAUACCGUUUAAUAGUUCCUAUUUAUGAAGAGAAACGAAACUACGAAGCUCUAGCAAAUUGUUACUCACAUUUAGCACAGGCAUGCAAUAAAAUUGUAGAAGUUACUAAAUCUGGAAAGAGGCUUCUCGGGAGGUUUUAUAGAGUUGCAUUCUUCGGUUCGGCAUAUUUUGAAGACGAGAAUGGACAAGAGUACAUUUACAAAGAACCCAAAGUUACUUCUUUGUCAGAAAUUUCGGAGCGCCUAAAUCAUUUGUAUUCCGAUAAAUUUGGCGCAGAAAAUGUUAAAAUGAUUAUGGAUUCCGUACCGAUUGAUAUAACCGAGUUAGAUCCAAAAUUUGCAUACAUUCAAGUGACACACGUGACACCUUAUUUCGAGAAGUAUGAAUUAGAAACUAGACAAACCGAAUUUGAACAGAACCAUAACGUGUCGUGUUUCAUGUUUGAAACUCCAUUUACUAAGGAAGGAAAAGCGAGGGGUAAUCCAGAAGAUCAAUGGAAACGGAGAACAAUUCUAACAACACAAUAUUCCUUCCCGUAUAUUAAAAAGCGAAUCUUGGUGUCUGAGAAACGGAUAAUGGAGCUUAGCCCGAUAGAAGUGGCACUUGAUGAAAUGCGACAUCGUGUUCAAGAAUUGGAAGAUGUAGCCCUUAUAGGUCCAACUGAUGUGAAAAAAUUACAAUUGAGAUUACAAGGAAGUAUAUGCGUUACAGUGAAUGCCGGGCCACUUGCAUACGCUUCUGCAUUUUUAGAUCCCGCAUUGUCCCCACAAUACCCAGAUGACAAAGUUGAGGAGCUAAAGGACGUUUUUAGGGAAUUUGUUAAAAUAUGUUACACGGCUCUCCAAAUAAAUAGUAAGUUAAUUACAUCUGAUCAGCACGAGUAUCAAGAAGUAUUACGUGAGAAUUAUCAGAAACUUUGUCAAAGUUUAUCAUCGUUACUUGGUGAACCUAUUUGGCCUGACGAGCAAGUUUGUAAUUUUAAGCGCAACAGCGCUGCUUUAUUUAGUGCUAUUAGUGGUGCUAAUAACCAUACAAGUACAGCCUAAAGUAAGCCACGUCUCAAAACAAGUCACCUGAGCAAUUCGAUUAGCUUCAUUUUAAAGCUAUUUCUUCUCUAAAUAGAUGGUACAAAAUGGGUUGUACGUUUGCCCAUUAUUCAUUUUCUUAAGCACAAAAGUAACUGUGUUAUUAAUUAUGAAUAAGAGAAUACUGUUACUAGUUUAGAAUAUGGCUGCAAUUAUGCAUUAAUAAUAGAACCAAACUGACAUUUUUUAUUAUCUCUCAAAAUGCUAACACGUGCAUAAACAUAGAAAUGGGAAUAAAUGGAAUAUUUGUUUUUGUAUUGCACUUUGUAAGCAGUGAACGUACACUGGAUUACUAUCUCUAUGAACAGUACACAAUUUAUCUGGUGGCCUAAUCACAAAUAUUUCUCAUGUUUUAAUCACUGCCAUAUUUUCUAAGAUUUCUCAUAUAUACACAUUUUUAGUGAAAAUUUACACAGAUGAAAAGUUAAAAUAGCAAGAAAACAGUGUCUAGGUAUUUUACCUCGAUGAAAGACUUAUACUUUUCAUAAUACAAAAUUUAUAAUUAUUUUACAUACAGUUUUUAUAUAUUACAAAUUUCUGCAGAACAUAGCUUCCAAGAUUAGCUAUAAUUUUUCAGCUAUUCUCAAUCUGUUGAAAAAAUGUCUAUGACAGAUUAUCAGAAACAGUUGAAAACAGUGGUUACUCUUACAAUUAGAGGAUGCAUCCUGUGUAUUAAAUCUAGUUAAAUGUAGUAUAGUUUGGUGUUAUGCACCUGAAGGGGCAUUGACAUAUACGCGUACACACUGACUUAAGAAUUUAAUGAUUUAUACAGGGUAUCCCGUAGCAUGUGGGACCCACUUCAGGAAUAGAUUCUACACAUAAAAACAAUAAAAAAGAGUUCAUUUAACACACGGUAUUUGCUCACAUUCACAACAAAUGUUUGAAAUGAGUCCCUUGCAUCGAAACACAAGCCUAGAGACUUUUUAUCAUUGAUUGUCUUAUUCUCUUCAUUUGUCCAGGAAUUAUUCAAAUUUCAUGGGAGCUUUAUACUGACCUCUAUUUGUAAACAGCGAGAUAAGCGUAGUUGAUUCAUUAACAUCUUUCGAAAUAAUUAUACCAACACAUACAAUUCGUUAUAACUCGAAAACAAGGUCGAAUGAACUCUUUUUAUUGUUUUCAUGUGUAGAAUCUAUUCCUGAAGUGGGUCCCAUAUGCUACAGGAUACCCUGUAUAUUAGAAUAUGUUACAUGCGUAGAAUUUAAUUUGUAUAUAUGUAUUUGUAUAAUUUAUUCUACACAUAUAUCCAUUAUGUAAAGAAGAUGUAGCUAUUAAACGUUCUACAAGUAUUAUGAUUAA